UCGCUUCGACGUCAUCGAUAUGCGCCGAUAGUUUCUGCACACCGAGAAGUUUUGAAUUCGAUACAAACUAUUGACUUUCGUGCUUAAAUUUAAAAAUGUUCUACAGAGAUUUCUGUGAUAUCUAAAUGCACGAGUAGGUAGCGCCGAACCUCGUUUAGUAUUAGACGGUUUUGUACUGAAACGUUAUAUAAACAAGAGACUUACUAGCCGAGUAGCUUUCAAGCUAACUCACUGAUUACUAAUAAUGACGGUUGGGUUUUAACCGUUUCGCCUGUGACAAACAAUUAAACGGUGUAAGAGUUGUUUAGUUGUGGAUAUGGUUGACUCUAUGGUGUCGAAUAUGACGGCUGGAGACAGUUUGUCCACCAAGGAGCCGAGUGAGAAGAAGCGAGACAGUGAGAAAAAGAAGCGGUCUCGAGUCAAACAGCUGCUAACAGACGUUAAGAGACAAGUUGAGUUCUGGUUUGGUGACGUAAAUCUGCACAAGGACAGAUUUCUGAAGAACGUCAUCGUGCAGUCAAGAGAUGGGUAUGUUGAUAUUUCUCUCUUGACAUCAUUCAACAAAAUGAAAAAGUUGACCACGGAUAGCAAGCUGAUAGCUAGAGCACUCAAAAAUUCAGAAGUGGUAGAGGUUAAUCUUGAAGGAACACAAAUAAGGAGGAAACAGCCACUCGGUGACAGUCCAAGAGAUAUAGAUGACCGCACAGUAUAUGUUGAACUUCUUCCAAAAGAUGUUACCCACGCCUGGAUAGAACGAGUGUUUAGUAAGUGUGGGAAUGUGGUGUACGUUAGUAUCCCCAGGUACAAGUCUACAGGCGACUCCAAGGGCUUUGCUUUCGUGGAGUUUAAGACUCAAGCACAAGCACAGAAAGCCAUUGAGAUGCUGAACAACCCUCCAGAGGAUGCCCCAAGGAAGGCAGGCAUUUUUCCCAAAACCUUGGCGAGAAAAACAAUUCCUUUUCAUACAGUCCAAGAUAGCACAAAGGAUGAGGAUGAGGGGAGAGGAGAAGAUGAUGAAGAUGGAAAGAAAAAGAAGAAAAAGAAAAAACGAGCACGCAGUCAGCAGAACGAUGAUUUUGUUGAAGAAAUGGCAACCGAGAAGGUGACCGACACUGAGAUUGAGGCAGCUAACAGGAAAAGAACACAGUCUUCAGAAGGCACCAAGACGGAAAGCGUGACUGGCGUCAAAACUUCACAGAAGAAGGCAGAUAAGAAAAGACGCCGGUCACACAGUUCAGAACUGUCUGGAGGAGAAGGGCAGGUGGAGAAGCCUGCCAAACUGAGGAAAGUGGAUGAGGAGGCGAGUGACACGAAGGAGAUGUCAUCUGAGAACAUUAAAGAAAAGGAAAUGGAGGAUGGAAAAAAAGAUGAGAAAGAUGAUUCCAUGUCAAAAGCCAAAAGGAAGAGAAAGAAGAAAUAUAAGGAGCGGCUGAAGAUUGAGGAAGAGGUCAUUCCUCUCCGAGUUCUCUCAAAGAAAGAGUGGUUGGAGCUGAAGGAGGAGUAUUUGGCCCUCCAGAAGCAGUGUAUGACCAGCCUGAAGAAGAAUAUUUGUGAUAUUCAAAAAACGAUGGCAUGCGGCAAUCUACAACCUAUCAAGGACGGUGGAAAACACUGGGGUGACUGCAAACCUAAAAAAGAAACACUGGAUGGGCCGAAGUUUGAGAGUGGGGUCAUCCUCAAAAUCACCCACCAUCAGCCUUUGCCCAACAAAAAAAGUGUCAAGGACACCCUGUCUGAGAUUGCUGCAGUGCAGUACGUGGACAUUGUAGAGGGAGAUGCAGAGGGUUAUAUCCGCUUUAAGACCCCCGAGGAUGCCAAAGCCAUCAUUACGGCUCGAUCCGAACUGCAGAAAAAGCACAACUGGAUUUUGGACGUCCUGACUGGUGAUCAUGAACAGAGGUACUGGCAGAAGAUACUGGUUGAUCGACAGGCUAAACUCAAUCGCCCCAGGGAUAAAAAGCGUGGCACAGAAAAACUUAUUUCCAAGGCUGAGAAAAUCAUCAUUGCUCGGACCAAAGAGGCAAAUAAGCACAUAAGAUUUGAUGAUUAGCAACCUUUGUAACCAUUUAUUUUUUAAAUGUGCAUUUACAAAGCAAUGUUAACAUUGUUCAUUUUUUUACCUGUUUCACACUGAUAACUGGUUUGUUUUAAUGACAUGAUUUUUUUCCAUCUAAAGUAUUAUUAUUAAAACAUUGAAUGUUAUUGA